UGUGUCUUACAUUCUUUUUGAGCACAUAAUAAUUAUGUUUACACGAGAUGACAAAGGCCAUAUGAUAAAAGCACUGCAUUCACCCAUUAUGAUGCUUGAACAAUAAGAAAUUUCAAGUUGUUCGCUUCCACAAUAAGAAAUUUCGGGUUUGAGCUCAUAGCAAAGCAAGUGAGAAAAGUGUGUAUCAGCAUUCUAGCCUGGGAUUGAAACAGUCUAUCUGUCUUCGAAAUUUUUUUACCAAAAAAAAAAAAAAGAAUAAUCUCAUCAAUAUGUUUUCUACCACUUCUUCUUUGAUCAUAGCAAUGAAGCACGAUGUUUUUCUUAGCUUCAGAGGCGAGGACACUCGGAAUGGUUUCAUAAGUCAUCUCUAUAAAGAUUUGUGCCAAAAGAAUAUCCGAACUUUUAUAGACGAUGAGCUUCGAAGAGGAGAUGAAAUUUCUCCAGCACUCUUGACAGCCAUUGAAGAAUCCAAAAUUUCAGUAAUUGUUUUCUCAAGACGCUACGCUUCUUCCAAGUGGUGCUUGGAUGAGCUGGUGAAGAUCAUGGACUGCAAGAAAACGAAUAGAAACUACUUUGUUGUCCCUGUUUUCUACUAUAUAGAUCCUUCAGAAGUACGGAAACAAACAGGGAGUUUUGCAGAUGCAUUUGCUAAGCUUGAACAAGAUUUCAAGCAUAAUAUUGAAAAGGUGAAAACGUGGAGGACUGCUUUGACAGAAGCUGCCAAUUUAUCCGGUUGGGAUUCACAAGUCACUCGGCCUGAGUCAAUACUGAUUGAUGAAAUUGUCAAAGAUAUUUCGAAGAAACUAAAUCAUGGAACCUCAAGUUGUUUUGAGGGUCUAGUUGGACUAGAGAGACGCAUGGAGAAAGUUCUAUCAUUAUUUUGCAUGGGAUUUCCAGAUUUCCGAAAGAUAGGUAUUUGGGGUAUGGGUGGUAUAGGCAAAACUACACUUGCUGAAGCUGUUUUUAACCAAGUUUCAAGCGGUUUCCAAAACUCCUACUUCCUUGCAAACGUCAGAGAAUCAGAGGAACGUGGAACAUUAUUUCAAUUGAGGCAUGGAUUUCUUUCCACUAUAAUGGAGGAUGGAAAUUUACAUAUAUCCACUCCCACAAUUGGAGCAGGAUUUCUCAGGAACAGGGUUAGCCGCAAGAUGGUUCUAGUAGUUUGUGAUGAUGCGAGUAAUUCAAGGCAACUUGAAUUUUUGUUUGGAGGAAUUGAUCAGCUUGGCCCUGGAAGUCGAAUUAUCAUAACGACUAGAGAUAAACAAGUACUUAUCCAGAAUGACAUUGACCUCAUAUAUGAGGUGGAGGAAUUGAAUGAAGAGGAAUCUGUUCAGCUCUUUUGUCAGCGUGCCUUCAAGAGGAAUCAUCCCACAAAAUAUCAGUUGCAGCUAUCAAAGAUGGUGUUGGAUUUUGCAAAUGGAAACCCCUUAGCUAUUAAAGUUAUCGGUUCUUCUCUUUAUCGCAAGAACGAACGCGACAUUGAAGGUGCAGUGAAGAAACUAAAACAAGUUCCUAAUCCAGAUAUUCAGAAAUUAUUGAGAAGCAGUUAUGAUGCACUAGAUUCUGAAGAGAAAGAAUUUCUUGACAUGGCUUGUUUCUUUAAAGGGGAGAAUAAAGACCAUGUUACAAGAGUUAUGGAUGCUUGUUAUAUCUCUGCACAUUCAGGAAUCAGUAACCUCAUUGAUAAGUCUCUUAUAACUGUUUCACAAAAUGAGGCCAUAGAAAUGCAUGAUUUGUUGCAAGAAAUGGGUUGGGACGUUGUUUGCAAAGAAUCACCUUCGGAGCCCGAAAGACGCAGUAGGCUGUGGAUUCCUGAGGACAUCUAUGAUGUACUAAUAGAAAAUGCUGGCACUAAAACACUUAAAGGCAUACAACUUGACAUGUCUAGAAUUCCAGAUUUGGAACUAAAACCAGAGGCCUUUGUGGAGAUGCGUAAACUUAAAUUCCUCAAAUUCUAUCUUUCUUACAGCUGUGGAAGCUUUCAAAAGAAAUCCAAAGUUUUCCUUCCUCAAGGGCUUCUGUCACUUCCUGAUGAGCUAAGGUAUCUUUGUUGGGAGGGAUACCCUUUGAAAACUUUACCUACCAAGUUUUACCCAAGGAACCUAGUUGAACUUGAUAUGAGUUUUAGCCUUGUCGAACAGCUCUGGGAGGGAAAACAGGAUCUUGUAAAUUUGAAAGUGAUCAGUCUCAAUCAUUCCGAGAACCUAAUGAAAAUCCCAGACCUUUCAAGAGCCACAAAUCUUGAGAGUAUUCACCUUGUAAACUGUAUAAACUUGCUUGAGCUUCCCUCAUCAGUUCAAUAUCUUGAGAAGCUAACUCAUUUGAAUCUGAGAUUGUGCAAAAAUCUUCGGUUUCUGCCUAGCUUGUAUAAAGUCAGAUCCCUUACCAAACUUAUUCUCAGUGACUGCUCAAAUCUCCAUAGCUUCCCAGAGAUUUCAUCAAAUGUAAGAGAGCUGCAUUUAGAAGGAACUGCAAUUGAAGAAGUGACCUCAUCAGUUGAGUCGCUUUGCCAACUCAUUUUAUUGUCUGUGGAAGACUGUCCAAGGCUGAGGAAUCUUCCAGCUGCAAUGCGUAAUCUAAGAUCCAUUGAAACCCUCUCCCUUUGUGACUGCCCAAAUAUCACCACAUUCCCUCAGAUUUCAGGAAAUAUAACAGAGUUGAAUUUACAAGGAACUGCAAUAGAAGAAGUUCCCUCGUCAAUCGAAUGUCUCUCUAAACUGUUCAUAUUGAACCUGACGCGUUGCAGGAGGCUUAAAAGUGUCUCCACAAGUAUUCAUAAAUUGAAAUAUCUCAAGACUUUCAUUCUUGGAGGUUGCUCAAGAUUGGAGAUUUUCCCAGAAAUCUUGGACACCAUGGAAAGGUUGAGAAAUCUUGAUUUAAGUGAAACGGCUUUGAAGGAGUUACCAUCCUCAAUUGAGAAUCUUAUUGGACUUUAUGAAUUGAGAUUGAACAACUGUGAAAACCUUGGUUGGCUUCCUGAUAGCUUUUAUAAGCUGAAAGCUCUUCGGUAUCUUUAUCUUUAUGGUUGUACAAAUCUUUCUAAAUGGCCAGAUAACUUGUUUUAUGCAAGUGGAACUUCUGUAACAAGCAGACUAGAGAUGCGAAAGGAUCUCCACUGGUUAUCCUCAUUGGAGAGAUUAGAUUUGAGUGGAAACAAUUUUGAGAACUUGCCAACAAGCAUCAAACAACUUCCUAGGUUGCAAAGGUUAAUCUUGAGGAAAUGCAAGAGACUUACAUUAUUACCAGAGCUUCCAGCAAGCCUAAGUGAUUUGGAUGCGCAUAGCUGCACUUCACUAGAGGAAGUCCCAAGCAUUAAAACGCUUUUUGAGCAAGCAUUGAUUUCUAAGGAUAAACCACGUGGAAUGAAAUUCUUGGUGUGGCUAUUUAGCAAUUGCUUCCAACUGGAUCAUCAAGCUAUCAGCAAUCUAGAAACACCAAAGUUGCCCGUGGUAUUUCGGCAUAUACUAACUGCAUUGAAAAAAUAUCAUCAGGCUUCCCCUCAACGAACUCAAUUUAUUACAUGCGUCCCUGGAAGUGAAAUUCCUGAAUGGUUUGAUUAUAAAAGCUUAGGAUCUUCGAUAACCAUCCAGUUGCCUUCAGAUCAGUUGUCAAAUAGCAGGACAAACUUUCCAGGUUUCAUUGUUUCCAUUGUUGUUUCAUUUCAACACUAUUCUGAUGACAUGGAAUUUGGCAUUCGAUGUGAAUGGCAUCUAAAAUCCUGUGAGGGUGACAGCCAUGACCUUAAUUGCACUUUCUACAUUUGGAAUAGAGGUCUUCAUGGACCCCGAUUGCUUGGGUCAAAUCACUUGUUCCUCUUGUAUCGGACUGAUUUUUACGAUGAUGAUGAAGAUGUUACAUGGCAUGUUGAAGGUCAGGCUUCAGGCAAGUGCAUUUACAAUGAGGCCUCAUUUAAAUUCUACCCUGUUGUUUAUAAGAGGGAUUGGUUACAAUGCGCUUCUUGCGAGGUGAAAAAGUGCGGGGUUCAUCUAUUAUCUGCAAAGGAUGAGGCUCAAAGAAUGAAAAGUUUUAGAUCCGAAUCCGAUCAAAAUGAGGAACAACCACCUAAAAGAUUCAAGUGUGACAGCUGAUGGUGCAAGCUCAAAUUGUUCUUCAUAUAUUUCUUCUAUUUCUCCAAUUCUUUACCUACUUUCAUGACUUUUACAAAUAUUAUAAAGUCUGUUCAUGUCAAUCUUUUUUUUUUUUUUUCACUGAAAUGGAUUACACUUGUAAUUUUUUUUUUACUGAAAUAAUGUAGUCUUUGAUUUCUUUAUAUACAUGAGAAUUGAGUCAGGUUGUCAUUGAC